AUAUCUCAAUUUCAGAAUCUAAUGCUAUUUUAUUAUUAUUGUGUAAUGCAAGAUAUGAGAUAUGAUUGGAACGAAAUUCUAUAUACUUUCAAAAUAUUGAUUUAAAUGUCAAUAAUGUACUAUAUCAGAGAAGAGAAACUUGUUACACAAAAUAACAGUAUUUGUAACAACCUAUUACUCAUUAUGAUUAUUUUUUUUAUUUUUUCGAUAAUUAAAAAUAAAUAACUAAACCUAUACUGUGAAAUCAACUUGACAAACAAUGGAACAAUAUGGAUUUAUUUUAAUAAAAUACUUGUGAUGGAUCCUGCUGUUAUAUUUGUCUUCUUAUUUGUACAUAUAUGUCUGUAUGUCCCAUUAUUUAUUGACCUUAUGGAACCAUUCAAAAAAAAAGUUAUGUUUUCAAUUGACAAUAGCUGGAUAAAAUGAAUUCUGAGAACUAUGUAAGAUGGAAAUCGGAAGAAAGCAUAAACAAUUCGAAAGAACAAAUAGGCAAACAUGAGGAUUUAAUAGAUCGACCUCUAAAUGUACCAACAUGGACUUCAGCGAGAUAUGUUUUGGCGUACAUAACAUUUUUCGGAUUUUUCAAUAUAUAUGCUCUUCGUGUAAAUCUCAGUGUUGCCUUACUAUCUAUGACUAACACAUCUGAUACCCGCAAUGCUUCUGAUGAAUGUCCUGUUUCCCAUACAAAUUCUACACCCCUAGAAGGUGAAUUCAAUUGGACAAGCAAUGAGAAGGCUCUGGUAUUGGGAGCAUUUUUCUAUGGAUAUAUUUGUACCCAGUUUAUUGGUGGUAUCCUUGCAAGCAAAUUCGGGGGUAAGUAUUUAUUCGGAUGUGGAGUAUUGUGCACCUCUCUAUUGGCUUUGUUAACACCUGUCGCUGUCAGGACAAGUUUUUCAUUCCUGAUUGCCACGAGAGUGAUCCAGGGCUUAGGUGAGGGUAUCACCUUUCCAGCUAUGCAUGCAAUGUGGGGUGUCUGGAUUCCACCCCUGGAACGAAGUAAGCUUGUGUCUCUGGGAUAUGCUGGAUGUUCUUUUGGAACAUUUGUUUCUCAACCAAUAUCUGGAAUAUUAUGCAAUUCUAAUUUUUUGGGUGGGUGGCCGUCAGUUUUUUAUGUAUUUGGUUUAGUUGGAGUUUUCUGGUGUGUGAUAUGGUUUAUCUUGGUUCACAAUAAACCUCGAGACCAUCCCAGAAUCAGUGCAGCCGAACUGCAGUACAUUGAAAGCACAGUACCACAGGAACAAAUUGAAUUCAAUAUUCCAUGGAAGGAUAUCUUUACUAGCCGACCAGUAUGGGGAAUUGUUUGUGCUAAUGUUGCAAGCAAUUGGGGAUUUUAUACUCUUCUUACAUGUUUACCAAUGUAUUUGAAAUAUGUUCUGGGGUUCGAUAUGGCUACGAGUGGUAUCAUUUUAGCAUUACCAUAUUUUGUAAUGUGGAGUUCUGUCAAUAUAUCAGGAUUUCUAUGUGAUUAUUUAAGAGAAAAAUGAAUAUUGAACACUACACAAGCCAGAAAGCUAUUCAAUUCGAUUGGUUUUCUUGGUUCUGCAAUAUUCUUAGUAGCUGCUGGAUAUGUCGGUUGCAAUAACACGCUAAUUAUAGUUUUCAUAUGCAUUGCUACUGCUUUUAAUGGAUGUUCACUUAAUGGAUUUAAUUCAAAUCAUAUUGAUAUAGCUUCAAGAUACGCGGGAAUACUUAUGGGAAUCACCAAUACAAUUGGCACAAUACCUGGAUUUGUUUCUCCCAUUGUUGUUGAGAAAUUAACAGGAGAUAAUGAAACUCGAGAGCAAUGGCGAAUCGUUUUUUUCAUUGCAUUUGGUAUUUACAUCAUUGGCACAAUUCUAUUUAUCAUUCUUGCAUCUGGGGAAGAACAAGAAUGGAAUCGUUCUCAGAGUCAACAUGAUGAAGUAAUACACGAGAGGGAUAUUCAUUCAAAUAUAUUCCCACAAUCAAAUUCUGAUACAGAUAUUAAUUCAGGAAUGUCACGACACAGAGUUAGUUUUACAAGCUCUGAGGGUUAUGGAAGCCCUAGAUCUUAAUUUUAGAUGAAACACAGUACUUACUUUCGAAUGAUACAAGCUCGGUCCCAUGCGUUAUUGGCGCAUGGACCACCAAUGCAAGAAGAGUAAUGAGCUGUCCCGAAGGAACACAGUCGAUUGAUUGUAAUUCACCAUAUUUUGUGUUACUCAAACUCAUAUUUCUGAUAUUUCAUUGUAAAAUAAUGUAUGUAUUAUUAUCUAUUUUAUGCAUGACAAAUCAAUUCUACAGAAUUAAUUGCGGAAUCAAUUUUAUCAGUGUUAUUUUUUUCUAAAUUUUUUUAUUAUUAUAAUAAAUUUACCUAUCUGAAAUCACUAAGCAUUCCUAUGAAUAUCUACAAAAUAUAGCUCUUCUAAUUUAUUCAUGUUCCAUUUCUCUUAUAAGCACUUACCAAUAAUUUAUUUAUCUCUUUGGUAAAACUGGGCACAAUUAUUCAUGAGCAAAGAAUGAUUCCAUAUAGUACAUUGAGUCAAGAAAGUUUGUCUACAUUGGAAAAUUCAAAGUAUUUUUUUUAAAUGAAUAAUUCGACGUUUUAUGCAAUGUAAAAAUAUGUUUUAAAUUUUGUUAUAACUAUUUUCGGUACAUGCUCAUUUCUCAGUGUAUCAUUAAUUUCUUAUAAGUGAAAUAUGUGCAAUUUUUAUUCCAGAUCUAGUACAUACUCUUCAAAUUAUUCUCCUAUAUCUAUUCUAAGAAAUAUAAUUAUAUUUUGUCUAAUCAUCUCGGAGAUUUUAUCAUGGUUUAUAAAACUUUUGUAGAAUAGACGUCAGAAUCAGAAGUUUGGCGACGUGUUUGAACAAGUAUUUUUGAGGCUUCAGCCAUUCCAAGCAUAUUUGUUUUGUUAUUGACAGUUUUCACACUGUGUUUAGAGUCGGAAACCCGCUUGUCACUUCAAUGUUUGUUUUUUUAUGUUUAUAG